UAUAAGCUAUUGUCUAUUCAUCGUUUAUCCAUUUCCCCGUGACAACACGUUUGUGACUGUUCCACUGAACGACAAUCAGUUUCAACUAACAAACGAUAAAAUACCGUCCACGUUAUAAAACUACUGCUUCUCAGCAAUAUUCAAGUAUUGACUUGUAAACAUCUAACACAGAAUAGAUCCGUCCUUCGAGGGUCGAGGUUUCCAGUGGAUUUCUACAUAUACAAGGUUAGAAACACAAAUUUGACUGUUUGACUGUUGCAACUGCUAUAAUUCGUAUCCGCCGCAGAAAUCAUGUACUCAUCAUAUCAAAUUUUGUUGGCCAUCGGAAUGGUCGUUACUGGAUCCAUCAAUACGCUCAGUGUCAAAUGGGCUGAUAAACUUCAAGCUAAAGGUUCAGAUGAUAAGGAACGUAGUUUUAACCACCCGUUUUUUCAAUCAUUAACCAUGUUUUUUGGAGAAUUUUUGUGUCUAUUAUUCUUCAAAUUGGCAUAUAGAUAUCAUUUAAAAAGACAAUAUUCCAUUGAGGACAGUCCAAUAGUUAAAGGCAACCAACAUUUCAAUCCAUUUUUAUUCUUUGUCCCAGCAAUGUUUGAUAUGGUAGCCACUACACUCAUGUACAUUGGUCUCACAAUGACUUAUGCAUCUAGUUUUCAAAUGUUAAGAGGUGCUGUAAUUAUCUUUACUGCUAUAUUUUCAAAAAUUUUUGUUCAUCGACAAGUAUCUAUUCGUCAUUGGUUGGGCAUUUUUACUAUAAUAAUUGGAUUAGCAACAGUUGGUGCAUCAGACUUAUUAUCAUCAUCUAAAUCAUCAACAAACUCUGUUAAUGAAAUAAUUAUUGGUGACUUGUUGAUCUUAGCUGCUCAGAUUUUAACAGCUGCCCAAAUGGUGUACGAAGAGAAAUAUGUUGUUACAAAUGAUAUUCCACCUUUACAAGCUGUUGGUUGGGAAGGUGUAUUUGGAUUCCUGAUUAUGAGUUUGCUGUUAGUACCAUUUUAUUACAUCCAUGUUAGUCCCCCGCUUGCUGGUAAUAACUCUCGUGGAGUCAUUGAAGAUUUUCCAGAAGCUAUUAUUCAAAUAAUGAACAACAAGUGGAUUCUGGUUGCAUUAAUAGGAAACAUAAUAAGCAUUGCUUAUUUCAACUUUUCCGGUGUAAGUGUUGCUAAGGAAAUAUCUGCAACUACUAGGAUGGUAUUGGAUUCUGUUCGAACAUUUUUCAUUUGGAUUUUUUCGUUAGCUGUUGGCUGGCAAACAUUUGAUCCACUUCAGCCUGUUGGUUUCCUGUUGUUGCUUAUCGGCAUGUGCAUUUACAAUAACUUAUUGAGAGCUGUGCCUAGAAGAUUGAGAACUGUUGUACACUAUCCUACUGAUGAACCUAUUAUUGGAGGACAACCGUAAGAAUAUUUGUUCUUCUAUAAAUGUUCAAACAUGACUAUUUUCAACAAGUUAUAUCAAAAUAAGGAGCUAAUAGAUGAACUGAACGUUAAUGCACUUAAUAGUAUGUUUUUAUGUUAUAAUAAUGUAGCAUAAUUAAUUUAAUUUAAUUACUCAUACCAUACUCGUUACAUUGAAUAGAUUACUACUAAACCAAAAUAUAAUAUGAUAUGAUAAAU